AUGCCAAAACAUUCAAAGAAAGGAUCACAGAGACAAUCCCGUGCCUCCAAGAAAGACAAUCGGGGAGUGAAGAAAUUACAAAACAAACUCUCGACCAAUACCAAUUUUUCAAUUACGGCGGAGGUUGCAGCAAAAUUAAUUUCUGAAAAACAGCAAGUAGUAUCGGAUCAAGUGCCCGAAUCAACAACAUCUACGACUUGUAAUACGACACAAUCAACAACGGAAACAACAACGGCACCAAUGGGAAUUACUAAAAUUGAACCAACGAAUAAGAACAAGAAGAAAUCAAAAAAGAAAUAA